AUGUCAUACUAUUUUGCUAUAGUAGGAACUAAAGACAAUCCCAUUUAUGAAAUAGAAUUUGGUUCAUCUGGGACAAGGUCUGCUAGUCUUGACCAAAAUGCAAAGAAAGAUGAACAUCGUCAUUUAAAUCAAUUUAUCAUUCAUUCCGCUUUGGACCUUGUAGAGGAAUUACAAUGGACAACCAAUACCAUGUAUCUUAAAACUGUAGAUAAAUUCAACGAAUGGCACGUUUCUGCUUUCAUUUCAGCUGGCAAUAUCAAGUUUUUGUUAUUACAUGAGACUAAAAAUGAGGAUAGUAUUAGAAAUUUCUUUAAUGAAUGUUAUGAAACAUAUAUAAAGAUAUUAAUGAAUCCAUUCUAUGAAGUUAAUUUUCCUAUUAAUUCAAUCGCUUUUGAUACUAAAGUUCGUUCUUCUGCUAGAAAAUAUUUGUGA